AUGGAUGAAUAUGAAUCGAAGAUAUACAAGAUCUUGAAACUGGAGUUCAAUCCUUUGGCUUUGGAGGUCCGGGAUGUAUCAGGCGGCUGCGGGUCGAUGUUUGCCAUUUUGGUGGAAAGCGAUAAGUUCAAAGGAGUUCCUAUGAUCAAACAGCACCGAUUGGUCAACGAGGUGUUGAAGGAUGAGAUAGCCAAAUGGCAUGGAAUACAAUUACGGACCAAGGCUCCAUAG